AUGUCGACAUACUCAGCCCACCAGAUCGCGGCCCACGUGCCUCUCAUACCGUCCCCGUUAAAUCCCAGAAGCCAAGACGAGGCCGUUCUGGAAAUGCGGCGGCGGCAAAGGCGGAGGACCUGCGGCGCCAUGAGGCGCAACACGGGGAUGAGCCCGGCGCAAAGGCUGCUGCGAUACAAGGCGGCCGAGGCCUGGCGGUCGCUGGCGAUGAGGGAGGUGGAACGGCUCGAGAAGAACGCCGCGGCGGCCGAAGACGUCCCCGUGAGGCAGGUAUUCUCGUCACUCGUCCCUCCACCCAUGGCGGGGGGAAGACAUGGGUUAACGAACACGUAUCGGCAGAUGAGGACGGUCAUGUUGCGGCCGGAGAAGACGACGGCAUCCGGACGCAAGAGCGGCCGUCACGAGCCGGAGACGACCGGGACCGAAGCUGACGACGACGACGACGACGAUGAGGGCAAGGAAGAGAAGGAAGCGGAGCAGAGCCAGUUCCAGGUGCCCACCCUGGGCUUCUUUGCCCUGCGACAGGUUGUCCUCUCGGCGGGCAUGAGGCACAUGCAGCCCCUGCUCCGCGUCAAAUCAUGA